UAUUUCUCUGCAGGAGUGUGUGCCCGUUGCCGUUGUGAAGCGCUUUUAUGAGCAGUGAAAACUUGCUGCUCUCCACUUUCUUCGCGUGAGGGCGAACGUCACGAUUGUGCGUCGUAAGCGUGGAUAUGGAUACCGCACUGGGAAUCUUCGACUGUGGAUGAUAUUUGUUGGACUAUGUUCAAGUUGUCUACUACUGGGCUUCUAUCUGUAUUCUGCAGAUGACUAUUCUCAAACCGAUAAUCUGCUUGGAUUCAGCAGGAGAGAAGCUCGACUUGCUGAGCGAGUUAGAGAAGUCGAAGAGCAGAACCUAAUUUUGCGCCGUCAGCUUUCGAUAUCUCAAAAUCAGUUGAUAAGUCUCAUUUCUGACGCUCAGAAAAAUAAUCAAAAAGAUUAUGCUGAAUCAAAUAAUACAAUUGCUCUCGUUUCUUCGAGUGUAAAGCUAAGAAAAACGGGCCAACCACCGUGUCGAGAGGACCUGAAAGUUCCAAAAUGUCAAACGCUGCAUAUAUCAAUCGUAUGCGCCGGAUACAAUGCUACUCGGUCUGUCGUCACCUUGAUCAAGUCUGUUUUGUUCUUCCGGAAGCAUCCCUUGCAUUUUCAUCUCGUAUCGGAUCCAGUAGCUCAAACAAUCUUGGCAAAACUGUUCGCAACAUGGGCUAUUCCUCGAGUUGAAGUUAGUUUCUACAACUCAGAAAAGCUUCAGAAUGAAGUCGCAUGGAUUCCAAACAAGCAUUACUCGGGAGUUUAUGGUCUUCUCAAGUUGACUCUUCCAAAAGCACUUCCUGGAAGUAUUGAACGAAUUAUCGUUCUCGAUACUGAUAUCACCGUUGCCACUGAUAUCGCGGAACUGUGGGCCUUGUUUCGGAGCUUCGGGCCGAAGCAAGCGAUUGGCUUGGUUGAAAAUCAAAGCGAUUGGUAUUUGGGUAAAUUGUGGAAAAAUCAUCGACCAUGGCCUGCUUUGGGACGGGGAUUUAACACGGGAGUCAUGCUGAUGGACUUGAGAAAACUGCGUGAACUGGAAUGGUCUCAACUAUGGAGAAUGAUCGCUGAGAAAGAUUUAACGACCUUGUUGGCCACGUCUCUUGCUGAUCAAGAUAUUAUUAAUGCCGUUAUUAAACAGCACCCUUUCCUUGUCCAUCCUCUCCCAUGUCAAUGGAAUGUUCAGCUGAGCGAAAAUACGCUUAGCGAGCUUUGUUAUUUGGAAGUGACCGACCUGAAAGCAAUCCAUUGGAAUUCGCCAAAAAAAUUGAAAGUCAAGAAUAAACACGGAGAAUAUUUUCGUAACCAUUAUUUAACUUUUUUGGAGUACGACGGAAAUUUGCUGCGUCGUGAACUAGUGAAUUGUGACCCAAUUGGAAACGGAGAAAAUGAGAUCCCCACUGAAGUUCAAGAAUUAGGAGAUGACGAAGCUUGUGUAGAUUUCCGGCGUGCUAGACGGAUCACGUACAGAACGCAUCUGUAUUUCCUGGAAUACGAGUACCACAAGUCGGAAGCAAAUUUUGACGUUACGUUAGUCGCACAGCUUUCUAUGGAUCGUCUACAGAUGGUAGAGAGUCUGUUGCAGCAGUAUGAUGGUCCCAUUAGUUUGACUCUGUAUUUGAGUGAUUCUGAAGCCCAGCAGUUCGUUGCCUUUGUGCAGAGUUCGGAAGUUCUUUCAUCAAGACGAAAUGUUGCCUACCAUGUCGUGUACAAGGACGGAACGUACUAUCCCGUGAAUUAUUUACGUAACGUUGGCUUGGAACACGUUGACACUGAGUAUGUGUUCCUCUCUGAUAUUGACUUCUUGCCGUUGGAAUCUCUGCAUGCUGUUUUGCGGAAGGCUGUUCGGUUUAUUGACUGGGACGCAUCGAAGAAGGCGCUCGUCGUACCUGCAUUUGAGACGCAACGAUAUCGUAUUACGCUACCUAGAACCAAAGCGGAACUUCUUACUAGCCUGGACAUGGGAGUGAUUUUUACGUUUCGGUACCACGUAUGGGCACAGGGGCACGCUCCGACGAAUUACGCGAAAUGGCGAACUGCCACCACUCCAUAUGAGAUCUCAUGGGAAAAAGACUUCGAGCCGUAUGUUGUUGUUCGUCUCGAAGAUGUUCCCUUGUUUGAUACCAGAUUCGUGGGUUUCGGUUGGAACAAAGUGGCUCAUUCCAUGGAAAUGGCUGCUCAGGGGUUCCAGUUCAUCGUUUUACCCAAUGCUUUCGUUGUUCACAUGCCGCACGCCCCGUCUCUUGACAUUGCGAAAUUUAGAAACUCGAAGCAAUACCAAAGAUGUCUGUCUGCUCUGAAGCGGGACUUCGUGACUGAGUUAAACGUCAAGUAUGGAAAAGGCUUCCCGUCUGAUUGAAUGUUGAAACCUUUCAGGAGAAAAGCAUUCGUAAAGACCGCUGUAUUUCGAGGACAGAAUCCUUCUGUUCUGCGCUUGUCAUGAGAAUCUGUGAUACAUCUUCGCGACCUCCGAUGCCGCGAUAAUGAAAGCUAGAGCUAAGAAUUUUAUCUUUGUGUUCCCUUGCUGAAUUUUCCGACCAUGACAGAGAGCGGUCCUCGCUGGUGAAUAUUGCUGCAAAUUACUGAUGUCUUGGGAUGUCUUCCAAAUAAACCAGAAGCCUUGUUUUCUUUUGUA